CCUGCUCAGCAACCGUUGCCGCCACAGUCUUCGACGCUGCGGGGUGACAAUUUCACUUUCAUUAAAGGCAGUGACAGCGACGAGCUGUUAGGAGGUGACGAAGGAGAAGCUGCCUCUCGGCCUAAAUUGCCGCCUCCUUCUCCUGCACACGCCAGCGAGGGAGACGGAAGGAGGCCACAAGAAAGGAGGAAGUCGGGCGACAGGCCGUCUGGGCCGUAGGCCUCUUUCCACCUCCUGCUUUUCCACAACUCCUUCCUGUCCAGCCGCCGCUGCCGCCAUGGAAGAGCUGGUGGUGGAGGUGCGCGGCUCCAACGAGGCCUUCUACAAGGCUUUUGUGAAGGAUGUACAUGAAGAUUCAAUAACUGUUGCAUUUGAAAAUAACUGGCAGCCAGAGAGACAGAUUCCAUUCCAUGAUGUUAGGUUUCCUCCACCUGCGGGGCACAAUAAAGAUAUAAAUGAAAGUGAUGAAGUUGAGGUUUAUUCCAGGGCUAAUGAAAAGGAGCCAUGUUGCUGGUGGCUGGCUAAAGUGAGAAUGAUAAAGGGUGAGUUUUAUGUAAUAGAAUAUGCAGCCUGUGAUGCUACCUACAAUGAAAUUGUCACAAUUGAGCGCCUAAGAUCUGCAAAUCCCAACAAACCUACAACAAAGGAUACAUUUCAUAAGAUCAAACUUGAUGUGCCAGAAGAUUUAAGGCAAAUGUGCGCUAAGGAAUCUACGCACAAGGACUUCAAGAAGGCAGUUGGGGCGUUUUCAGUAACAUAUGAUUCUGAAGCCCAUCAACUUAUAAUUUUGUCUAUCAAUGAGGUAACAAUGAAACGUGCAAAUAUGCUCAUUGAUAUGCACUUUCGAAGUCUUCGCACCAAGUUAUCACUGAUAAUGAGAAAUGAAGAAGCAAGCAAACAAUUAGAGAGUUCAAGGCAGCUUGCUUCACGAUUUCAUGAGCAGUUCAUAGUAUGUGAAGAUCUAAUGGGUCUGGCCAUUGGCACUCAUGGUGCUAAUAUUCAGCAAGCCAGAAAAGUACCGGGUGUGACAGCUAUAGAUCUUGAUGAAGACACUUGUACAUUCCAUAUUUAUGGGGAGGAUCAAGAUGCAGUGAAGAAGGCAAGAAGUUAUCUUGAAUUUGCUGAAGAUAUCAUCCAAGUCCCCAGAAACCUAGUAGGAAAAGUUAUAGGGAAAAAUGGAAAACUCAUUCAAGAGAUCGUGGAUAAAUCAGGUGUUGUGAGAGUCAGAAUUGAGGCUGAGAAUGAUAAAAAUCUUCCAGAAGAAGAGGGAAUGGUUCCUUUUGUCUUCGUGGGAACCAAGGACAGCAUAACGAAUGCCACAGUUCUUUUGGAUUAUCACCUCAACUAUUUAAAGGAAGUGGAUCAACUACGUUUGGAGAGAUUGCAAAUAGAUGAACAGCUUCGACAGAUUGGGGCCACUUCUAGACCAUCACAAAACCGCACAGACAAAGAAAAGGGAUACAUGACUGAUGAUGGCCCAGGUCUUGGAAAAGGUAGCCAACCCUACAGAAACAGAGGGCAUGGGAGGCGUGGACCAGGUUAUGCUGCUGGAGCUAACUCUGAAGCAUCCAAUGCUUCUGAAACAGAGUCUGAUCACAGAGAUGAGCUUAGUGACUGGUCAUUAGCCCCAGCAGAAGAAGAGCGUGACAGCUACCUUCGCAGAGGAAAUGGGCGAAGGCGUGGUGGAGGUGCACGUGGUCAAGGAGGAAGAGGUUGGGGAUGUUUCAAAGGAAAUGAUGAACAGUCACGGACAGAUAACCGUCAACAACAUAAUUCAAGAGAUGCAAAAGGGAGAACAAUGGAUGGGUCACUUCAGAUUAAAAUUGACUGCAAUACUGAAAGGAGUGUCCGCACUAAAACAGCACAGAAUACGCCCAGUGAAGGUAGCCGGUUGCGCACAGGUAAAGAUCGUAACCAGAAGAAAGAGAAAUCAGACAGCGGGGAUGGUCAGCAACUGUUGGUGAAUGGAGUACCCUAAAAUUGAUAAUUUGAGUAGUCAUAUUUCCUACACUGUUUCAGUAAAACUUAUUCUGCAUUAGAGAAACUUAGUAGGCCAAAGACAAAUAGUAAGCAGGAUGGCACAGGCAUGAAAUGAACAUAAAAAAAAAAUCUUUUUGCCUUUUUAAACAUCAGCA